AUGGCUAACAAGAAUGACGCGGAAUUCAACACGGAAGUCAUCAACGCUGUGGCUUUGAAGCUCCCAUCCUUCUUCACCAAACGCCCGGCUAUCUGGUUCGCACACGCGGAGGGUGCGUUCCACCUGAGAAACAUCACGGAUGAUUGCACAAAAUACCACCACAUCGUACAAGCCCUCCCGGAGGAAGUAUCGGAUGAGGUAGCUGACAUCCUCGAGGAUCCGCCAGAAAAAGGCGAAAUGUUUCAAACGUUGAAAUCCAGACUCGUGGAAGCUUUCCAGUUAACCUCGUACCAACGCGCGGAGUUACUUCUUUCUUUACCUGGUUUAGGCGACAAGCGACCGUCCAAACUAAUGACGGAGAUGAUAAUGUUGCUCCCAAAAGGUGAACAACCAGGUUCCCUAUUUCGCCAAAUAUUUUUACGUCAAUUGCCGGAAGAUAUCAGGACCCAGUUAGUGGGGUUGGACAUUGCUGACAAUAGGCAGUUGGCGAUCAAGGCGGACGCGUUGAUGGCAACAAGGUCGCAUGCAGUCCAGGCAAUCGAGGUCGAUGCCAUCCGUAGGUCUUCUCGCACGGAUAAACCAAGGAAGGAUAAUAAGGAUGGUUUGUGCUUCUAUCAUCGUAAGUUUGCCAAUGACGCCAAGAAAUGCGUUCUUCCUUGCUCGUUUCCGGGAAACGCGUUGGCCGGCCGCAAUUAG